UUCUGGGAUCGAGCGAUCACUCCAAGUCAUGGUGAAUCAUCAUGGAAUGUCUUGACCUCUGACGCUCCAUCUGACUCAAGCUGACGGGAUAUCCUUAGCCGGCUCCACGGAUGUUGUUCAAAGUCAGCGUGCUAGGCGAUGGAGGCGUUGGAAAGACGGCAAUCACUGUUCAGUUCACCAUGUCUUCUUUCGUCGAGACAUAUGACCCUACUAUCGAGGAUUGUUAUCGAAAGCAAUGGGUGGUGGAUGAUCAACCGUGUCUACUGGAGGUUUUAGAUACAGCUGGGCAGGAGGAAUACACAGCGUUGCGUGAUCAGUGGAUACGGGAUGGCGAAGGCUUUCUCAUCGUCUACUCCAUUUGCUCUCGUCAGACCUUUGAUCGCAUCGACCGGAUCAUUGAACGAAUCCUCCGCGUCAAGGACGAAGCGGCCGCAUCUACCCCUACAUCCCCUCACAGUCCAUACCAUUCACAUCACCAUCCUUACGGCGCACAACCCAUGACACCCCGUCAUCGCGUUCCAAUGGUCAUUAUUGGGAACAAGAAAGAUCUGUAUCAAUCGAGAGAAGUCUCGACAGAGGAUGGAAAGGCAUUGGCGACACGAAUGGGAGCGGAUUUCUUUGAAACGUCUGCCAAGAGCAAUUCCAACGUUGAGCAGGCUUUCAAAAGUCUCGUGAGACAGAUCAAAAUCGCCAAGGGGGGCUAUGAUCGGAAUGGCGGUGGAGGUGGUGGGUCCGGCGGUGGACUAGGAUCAAGGCAGAAGAAGAAAAAGUGUAUCAUUUUGUGACCUAGAUGAGGAAAUCGGGAUUCGACCCAACUGGGCAGGACAAGAUGAAAGUAAGGAACGGCCAUUAGAAGCAAGGCCUGGGUUCACGCCGAGCUGGAUGUAGACGACCA